GGCAGAAGGGGGGGAGAUAGCGCAUGUCUCAUCUCUCAGUGCAGCCACUAGACGCUCUCACCACCACCAAACUCUCCACCAUCUUUUGCAUGUGCAACAUUUGCAGCCGGACAGAAACCUCUCCCAGGGCUAUGGAGACUGCGGGAAAAAUCCGGCUCAGCAGGAUGGAUUGCUAAAAAAAAAACCAUUAAAAAAAUUAAAAGAAAGAAAAAAAAGGAAGGAGGAAAAAAAUCUCUUCUCUUUUCCCUUCCCUUUGAAUUCAUUUUUAUUCUUGAUUUUGUUUGUAGCCACCUCGUCCUCAAUGCCUCUCUGAGCAGCAUCUAGCGAGAGAGAGAGAGAGAAAGAGAGAGAUCAGGAGAUACAGAGAGGCAAAAGAGAAGAUGAGGAUUAUUUGCAGACAGCUUGUCUUCUUGUUUUCUGGCUUUUGCGGACUAGCAAUGGGAGCUUUCCCUAGCAGUGUGCAAAUAGGUGGUCUCUUCAUCAGAAACACAGAUCAGGAAUAUACUGCUUUUCGAUUAGCAAUUUUUCUUCAUAAUACCAGCCCCAACGCCUCUGAAGCACCUUUUAAUUUGGUUCCUCACGUAGACAACAUUGAAACAGCUAACAGUUUCGCUGUAACAAAUGCCUUUUGCUCCCAGUACUCUAGAGGAGUUUUUGCCAUUUUUGGAUUGUAUGAUAAGAGAUCAGUACAUACCUUGACCUCAUUCUGCAGCGCCUUGCACAUCUCCCUCAUCACGCCAAGUUUCCCCACAGAGGGUGAGAGCCAGUUUGUGCUGCAGCUGCGACCAUCUUUACGGGGAGCUCUUCUAAGUUUGCUGGAUCAUUAUGAAUGGAACCGUUUUGUCUUCCUUUAUGACACAGAUCGGGGUUACUCAAUACUUCAAGCUAUUAUGGAAAAAGCGGGACAAAAUAGCUGGCAAGUCAGUGCCAUAUGUGUGGAGAAUUUUAAUGAUGCCAGCUACAGGAGGCUUUUAGAAGACCUGGAUCGAAGACAAGAAAAGAAAUUUGUAAUAGACUGUGAAAUAGAGAGGCUUCAGAAUCUUUUAGAACAG